GAAAAAUAAAAAAGAAGUGAAAAUGACAAGAACAAAAUACGCUUCUGUCAGCUAAACUCACCAGUCGCCACUACCACUGAACCACCACUCAUCAUCUCCUGCAACCACCGCCUGCAACCACCAGCCUUUACUCCCCAGUAUUCAUCGAAACUCAAAUCAUACAUCGUCUCCUUUUCUGCUCGUAGCACUAAAAUUAUUCUCAGAUGCCAAGGAAAGAGUAGCUGCAGGAUUUGAAUUUAGCCCUUUCAUUUUUCCAUUUUGUAUUGGAAUAUAUUUGAACUCCUUUUGAGGUGAAGGUGAAAAUGGAAGCCGGGUCUAGGCUAGAGCGAGAAACCAAGGAUGCUGGGGGAAAGGGUGAGAAGCUUGGAUCCAUUUUGGAUCCCAAAAUCGAGCCGUUCGUGCCGAGGAAAGGAUACGACCCGAGAGAGUUGAGGUCUUGGGCUAAGAGAACUGGUUUUGUGUCGACUUUCUCUGGGGAGACUGAGAGGAGUAUGAGUGGAAGGAGAGAGUUGACUGAAGGGAGGAGUAUUGGCAAUAGCAGUAACAAUGGUGGUAAUGAUGGAUUUCGUAGUAGGUUUGAUUUGGAGAAGGGUGUACUUGAGAAGAGUGAGUCUAUUUCACCCACAAUUGAGAUAGAUCCUAUUCUGGGGAGGACUAGAAAGAGAGAGCAUGAGAUUGAGCCCGCUUUGGGAGGUGGCAGAGGCAAUGGCGGUGGGGACAGAAAUGUAAUUUUAGGGUUUAGAGAUGGAGGUGUGAGAGGUGAGCCUGAAAUGUCGAGGAAUGAGGUAGAGGAGAUGAACUUGGGCGCAGUUAAUGCAUCGAGAAAGGAUGGGAUUGAUGGGAAUGAAAAUGGCUCCAUGAACAAAAAUGAGCCGACCUUUGGUACAAAUGGACAUGGUAUAGAGCGAAAGACGGGUGAUGGAGAUUUGGGAGGUGGUGUGUAUCCUGAUGGAGAUGAUUUGGGUAAUGGCGAAUGGCAAGCUUCGCCAAAAAUGGCGUGUGGGAUGAAAGACAAUCCUGGCUAUGUGGCGGCAAUAUUCUACGGUUUGCAACACUAUUUAUCUUUGGCUGGCUCACUUAUUUUCAUUCCUCUGAUAAUUGUACCUGCAAUGGGAGGAACUGAUAAAGAUACUGCAACUGUAAUUUCAACUAUGCUGCUGUUAACUGGCAUCUCAACAAUACUCCAUACGUACUUUGGCACUCGCCUUCCACUGGUUCAAGGCAGUUCGUUUGUUUAUUUGGCUCCUGCAUUAGCUAUCAUGAACUCACGAGAAUUUCGGAAUCUUACUGAACAUAGGUUCAGGCACAUCAUGAGAGAACUACAGGGGGCUAUAAUUGUUGGCUCAAUUUUCCAGAGCAUUGUGGGAUUCAGCGGCCUGAUGUCUCUACUCUUAAGGUUCAUAAACCCUGUUGUGGUUGCACCCACAGUUGCAGCAAUGGGUUUAGCUUUUUUCAGCUAUGGCUUCCCUCAAGCCGGUGCCUGUGUCGAAAUUAGUCUUCCAGAGAUCUUUUUGGUUCUUGUUUUUACCUUGUACCUUAGAGGUAUAUCUGUGUUUGGAAACAGAGUUUUCCGUAUCUACGCGGUUCCGCUGAGUGUUGUGAUUAUAUGGAUAUAUGCGGUUUUUCUGACAGCUGGUGGGGCCUAUAACUACAAAGGUUGCAGCCCAGACAUACCCAGUUCCAAUAUUCUAAUUGAUGCAUGUAGAAAGCAUGCAUAUACUAUGAAGCACUGCAGAACGGAUGUUUCUAAUGCAAUGAGAACAGCUGCAUGGGUCCGAAUUCCAUACCCAUUUCAAUGGGGUAUUCCUAUAUUCCGGUUGCGGACUUCAAUUAUUAUGAUCUUUGUCUCAAUUGUUGCAUCGAUCGAAUCGGCAGAAACUGUGCAGGUCGGUACAUAUCACAUUGCAUCCAUGAGAGUCAAUGCAAAGGCUCCAACACCUGGUAUCGUGAGUCGAGGAAUCGGGUUAGAAGGCUUUUGCAGUAUCUUGGCUGGACUUUGGGGCUCAGGUACUGGGUCAACUAGUCUGACAGAAAAUGUGCAUACCAUUACCACAACUAAGGUUGCAAACCGAUUGGUUGUGGAGGUUGGCGCAGUUUUCUUGAUCCUCUUCUCAUUUGUAGGUAAAGUAGGUGCUAUACUUGCUUCCAUACCGCAAGCUUUAGCAGCUGCCGUCCUCUGCUUCAUGUGGGCCCUGGUUGUGGCAUUAGGUCUCUUGACACUUCAAUACACUCAGACAUCAAGCGUGAGGAACAUAACAAUAGUGGGUGUCUCGUUAUUCCUUGGUUUGUCAAUCCCAGCAUACGUUCAGCAGUACCUACCAGAGUCGAGCCUGAUACUGCCCAGUUAUCUUAUCCCUUAUUCGGCUGCUUCUGAUGGACCAGUCAACACCGGGAGUAAAGACCUUGAUUUUGCUAUCAAUGCACUUCUUUCUCUGAACAUGGUUGUGACACUGUUGAUCGCGUUCAUACUGGAUAACACGGUCCCAGGCAGCAAGCAGGAAAGAGGAGUUUACAUUUGGUCAAAUGCCGAAGAUUUAGCAGCAGACCCCUCUUCGCUCUCGGAUUACAGCCUCCCGACAAAAGUUUCUCGUUUUUGUAGAUGGGCAAAAUGUUUGGAUGUUCGUUAAAUUAAAUGUGUGCAUAUAGCCUGAACAAGAACUAUGGGAAGUGCUUAAAAAAUGCUAGUACAUGAUCAUCUAGGAUACACAAAAGAAGAUGGUAUAUAUCGAAUGAACAGGAUAUAGAAAUUUAGAAUUCUUGAACUGUUGGGGGGGUUUAUUUUGGCUUGUUUAUUGAAUUAGAAUGACUUGUUGAGGGGUUACCAUGAUUGAAGGUGAAUAGCAUUUGUGAAAAAGAAUCAUAGUUGUUAAGAACUGAGUAGAGCAAACAUAGUACUGAACUUUAUAAAUAUAUUUUUCUGUCGAUUAUUAUUAUUAUUGUGUUUGAGCUUUUGCUCGACUUAAA